GAGAGUCUGUCGAGCCUCGUUCGCGUUUGCACGGCAUUCAAGGAUCCCGCGCUAGAUGCUCUAUACCAUCAUAUUUCCUUUGACGACCUUCUUCAAGUCCUGCCCCCAGACUUGAUAUAUAUCCCACCAGGAGAGAGACCGCAUAUAAGCUCUGUGGUUUUUCAACGACCGAUGACCCCACACGAAUGGGACGUCUUCUUAUCUUAUUCGAGAAGGGUGAAAGAAUUGGUCGUAGAGUUUGAUCUCGAUCCGUGCCCUUUACACGAACGGAACAUCCGCGAUGAGCUUGCUAUGACAUGCCCCUUCCCAUUCCUCUUUCCCACCCUGCACACGUUGUCGGUGACCGGCCCGGGAACUGUCUUGUCAAUGAACUUUGUGGAUCGGAUUUGUCUGGGACCUCAGCUUCGAUCUCUGAGCUAUAUCCUCUGGGAGCUCGUUUCUAUCUUACCCAAGGAAGCAGAGCCAUACGAGCUUGUGCUGUCUUCUCGCUGUCCUCUUAUCGAAGAGUUUUCCUGCACUCAGGGUGCCUACAUUUUCUUCGAAGGUAUUACCCACUCAAACGCAAUGACGAGCGCUAUCUGUUCAUGGAAAUAUCUUCGAGCUUUACAGUACGGCCCCCUCGACCCACUUUCCAUAACACAUAUAUCAUCCUUGCCACCAUUCCAGUUUUUGUGUCUUGAACUUAGCCCGAAGACACGUUGGCCCAGCGAAGGAUACCGGUUUGGUCUUUGUUCCGUAGACACUUUGAUUAUCAGCGCAUCCUCCUUUGAGCAAGCUUCCGAUACUUUAGUAUCGUUGGUCGGUGAUGGCGUCAUUCCUCAAACGCGACAUCUACGCAGUCUGGAGGCCCGCGCUAUCGUAGAGAAGCCAUUGUCACUGUCAGCACUCAUUUCCACGCUCGCUAUCAUAGCUUCUCCUAACGACUUAGAGGAGAUCUUGAUUAAGGAUGAUACCCCCUCUGAUGCAGGUGUGACAAUACUGAUCGAUACUUCGUGGAUUCAUCUGCUUCGGUCCUUCCGACACCUCACCCUACUAUAUCUCCGUAGCACAAACUGGCCCGCUACCUGCUUUGCCGUUCGGCCUCAUAUACUCUUGGAACUCGUGAGCGGGUGGCCACUUCUCGAGAACCUCACAGUAUAUCCCAUAGAAAUUCCGCUCUCAUUAUCGCAAGCAGUCACCAUCAUACAAGUUCUCCCUCGGCUGAAGAAGCUAGACGUACCAAUACACGUCACCUCCCAGGCUAUCGCAUCGCUUCAUGAAUCUACUAGCAUCACAACGCUCCCGUCCAACGGCCAUAUAUGGUCACUCAUGAUCGAGCACGAAACAAGCGAUAUGGGCGAUGUCAAUCCCCUAGGAUCUAUACUAUCAUGCGUCGUUCCUCGCUUUACCGCACCGCGCCCCAUAGCAAAGAACUGGCGACAGCCAAGGGGAGCAUUAAAUGGUCCGAGAUUCUGGGCAUAUGUUAUACGGGUUGUGGAAGCUGCAGGUGCAACGCGGGAUGUAGGAGAGAGCGCCGGACGGUACAUAGGGUAG